AAUUUAAACGUGAAUUGAUCGUUUUCAUUUUUUUUCCAUUGAUUUUCGUGUUUAAUCUUGUGUUUUAACAAAUCAAUAGAAAACGAAAAGUUCUGCUCCGCAACAAACGUUCAAUUAACAUCCAAUUUGAUAGAGUGUGUUUGAUUCACACCAAAUUCAAGACCAAUUAAAAUCCAUUCGUUACACGAGCUGCUGCUAAUUUCAAUUCGCAUCUCAAACUGUUUGCACAUAUUUCAAUUUGGCGCUUAUUGAUUUGUGCAUAAAUUUUUCAUUGAUUUUAGUUUUUGGAUUCAGUUGUGGUCGCUGUUGGAAAAUGUUCUUAAACAUAGAUAACAUCUUUACCCUGGAUUACAGAGAUGGCGUUAAUCGUAUCAUUGGUGUCAGUGACAUCACAAACAAUCGUAAAAUCUUGAAGAUCCUAUUGGCCGAAUUUUUGGGAGCAUUCUUUUUGGUAUCGGUUGGCAUUGCCAGUACAAGUGGUGACCGUCAAUGGUCUGCGGGUUAUUCGCCGAGCAUGGUUCAAAUUGCCUUCACAUUUGGAUUGGUCGUUGCAACGCUUGCACAGGCUUUUGGGCAUAUUAGCGGAUGUCACAUUAAUCCAGCUGUUACAUGUGGUUUGAUGAUCAGUGGUAAUUGCAGCAUUUUAAAGGCAGUUGUUUAUAUUAUUGCACAAUGCUUGGGUGCCACAGCCGGUGCAGCUGUUAUCAAAUUCGCCACUCCAGAGAAUAUUUUGAAUCACAAUUUGGGCCUUACCAAGCUAGGCAGCAAUAUGGAACCCGCCCAAGGUGUAGUCAUUGAAGCAUUGAUUACGUUUAUGUUGGUCUUUGUUGUGCAUGGCGUAUGCGAUGAACGUCGCAAUGACAUCAAAGGAUCGGCUCCAUUGGCAAUUGGACUAUCGAUCACUGCUGGUCACUUGGCUGCCAUUCAAUAUACUGGCGCAAGUAUGAAUCCAGCACGUACAUUCGGACCAGCACUUGUAGAGGGUUUCUGGGAUAAUCAAUGGGUCUACUGGGUUGGUCCAAUCGCUGGUGGUAUUUUGGCUGGUGCAAUUUACCGAACCUUAUUCCAAGUGCGCAAAGGUGAUGGAGACGCUUCGUCUUAUGAUUUCUAAGACCCGAUACAGAAUCAGCAUAGAGCUGAUCCCACAAAUCAUUCAUAAAAUUAAACAAAAUUCAUUUUGUUUAUCUCCCGUGAAUGAAAAACAAGAACAAAAAUUGAACGUAAAAAACGUUUCUCUUAAUAAUUACUUAAUCGGAGCAGGACGAUCAAAAACAUCUUCAGGGGAUAAAAACAAACAAGAUAAAAUUGUGUAUCGCACUAUUUUAUUUGCAUUAACAAAACUGCUUUCAGAAAAUAAAUGACAAAUAUGUAUUUUUGCGGUUUUCUUUUGGUCACACCAAUUUGUCAAUGUUUUAAAUGUCGACGUUAGUUUAGUUUAAUUUUUAAAUAU